AUGUCCAAUUACGACUACAAUAAGGGUUACCGAUGGUUUCGCUUUCAAAAGGAUUCGUCUAUCGAUAGUUCUCUGCCGCCAUUAAGCAGUUAUCGCUCAAUGCGAGAAGUUAGCCCUCUACUGUGGAUGUCCCACGCCGAGCAUGUGGCUAACAACGAAAGAGGGCAUGUUCAUACGGAUACUGGACUCCUCAGCAAAUCAAACGACAACGCCUCGCUUCAUUUACCGAUUAUUCUCGCAGCAUCCAUCUCGAACGCUUCUAACGCGUCGCCGACCCUCAAAGCGCACAGCACUGUUGAUAUAGGUGAGCAAAACACGGAACAAGUUCACACGGACGCGUUAGGCUGUUCCUUGUACGUACCAACACCCACAUUAUUACUAGGGUCUGAGAAGGGACAAACGGAACACGAUGGUUUUCCGCGGGCAGUUAGUUCACACAAUUCGGGAACAAAACGAAAUCCAGUUCAUAAGGUGCGAACAAAGCGUGCCGUGCGCAAAAAUACCAAGGGACUUCCCUGCAUUGGCCCGCAGAAAAACCUGGACGAUUGUCUGUUUAUUCAAAACGGUAUUCAGCGCUUUCCUGCAAACCAUAAAGGAUUUUUAUCGCAGGACAAAGAAAAGGAAAUUAAGGAGUGGAUAAAUAAGUCUAACAAGUAA